AUGACCAUGUCCUCCUCUCGCCCCGUCCCGACCCUGACCAUUCUGCCCCCAUCCUCCGAUACCGAGUCCUGGUCCCGCUCACCCAGCCCCCGGCCCACUCGUUCCGGCCGCCACCCGCGUAUCUACCGUGGCCGAAGCCGAACCAAAAAGCGGAGUUCCGACAAGCGAUCUGUAACCCCGCAGAUUGUAAUUGAGGAGGAAAUUACCCCUGCACUCUCCCCACUUGUGGCCCCUGAUUCCAGGAGGGAGGAUCCGGGUCAGGACCUCCUUCUGCCACCUUCCCAAUCUUGGUCACGUAGUCCUUCUCCCAGCCGGCGCUCCCGGUGGUCCCUUAGGAGCCUGCUGGGAAGGGAUUCUGACUGGGAAAGCUGCAGCACCGCCAGUAACUCUCCACGCAGCACUCCGGGCAGCUCACCCUCCCUGCGGCGACGGGUCCUGGGGGGCGGCCGGACGAGCGAGAACGAGGGAGUGGGGGACAAAAGCAGCGGAGGGGGAGGAGGUGGUUCGGACAGCCCCCUGCCGUCAAUACCGUCGGCGUCCUCGCUCUCGUCAGCCUAUCCGAUCGCUUCCCGACAUUUCAGGAGCAAUGCAAAGAAAAUGCAAAGCUGGUAUAAUGUCCUCAGCCCCACGUACAAGCAACGAAACGAGGACUUCCGUAAGAUCUUCAAGAAGCUUCCAGACACGGAACGACUCAUCGUGGACUACUCGUGCGCUCUGCAGAAGGACAUCCUGCUCCAAGGCCGCCUUUAUCUGUCUGAGAACUGGCUUUGUUUCUACAGCAACAUAUUCCGCUGGGAAACCACUAUUACUAUCCUGCUGAAAGACGUAACCUCAAUGACCAAGGAGAAGACUGCCAAGCUCAUUCCAAACGCCAUCCAGAUCAGCACCGACAAUGAGAAGCACUUCUUCACUUCUUUCGGGGCACGGGAUCGCAGCUUCAUGAUGAUUUUCCGCUUGUGGCAGAACGCGCUGAUGGACAAAUCCUUGUCCCCCAAAGAAUUGUGGCACAUCGUGCACCAGUGUUACGGCACCGAGCUAGGCCUCACAAGCGAAGACGACGACUACGUCUCGCCAACCGCCGAACACAUGAACGGCCUGCUGCCUGGGGAAGAGUCUGUGUCCGUCAGCGAUCUUCUGGACCUCAGUUCGGUGUCACUUCCCUCCUCGGGCAGCUCCCCUCCGCCACUGGUGCCCUGCAGUCAGGCUAGCCCACCCUCAACGACCACCGGUGCGGUAGGCUUGUCCCCGCCAUCCACGACCUGCUGCCUGCCCAUCGAGGUGCCCUCCUCGUCGGGUCGCCGUCUUAGCUCGGAUCCCUCGGAACCCAGCCCGCCCAACUCUCACGGCUCGGCGGCAUCUGCCGCGCCCACCAACGUCUCCUCUAACCCAGAGGAGGGCGGGGACAGUCUGUCCGAGUCGGCCAAUCACUUGGCGCCCCUGCCUAACACCAGCCUGGGAAAUCUCUCCUCAUUGGACAUCACCAACGACGAGGACCUGCCGACCGACCCGAGCAACUCGUCCGACACACAGGAGGAGAGUGAGGUGGAGUCGUUCUGCGCCGACCUGAACGGGCGGCUGCACGUCAACGCUGCCGUGAGAAUGAGCGUGGACAAGCUACACGACCUGCUCUUCUCUGCUGACACACACUUUAUUCAGCACCUCUUCUCGCAGCGGCACUUUACUGACCUCACAGUGGGUGAAUGGCAGCGAGACGGCAGCAGCGGGACUACCAGCCGUGUGCUCAGCUACACCAUCGCACUCAACAACCCGCUCGGACCUAAGACCGCCCCCGUGGUGGAGACACAGACACUGCACAAGAACAGCGCUCAGGGUGAAUGCUAUGUGGUGGACUCGGAGGUGAUCACGUCGGGCAUUCCAUACCAAGACUACUUCUACACCGUGCAUAGAUACUGCCUCACUGCCAUCAACAAGAACAAGAGCCGCCUCAGAGUUUCCUCCGACAUUUGCUAUAGGAAGCAACCAUGGAGUUUGGUCAAAACUCUGAUUGAGAAGAACACAUGGAGCGGUAUCGAGGAGUACUACCGCCACAUGGAAAGCGAGGUGUGCAAAUUAGAAACGCUGCUUCAGUCCGAGGUGACCGUGGUGUCGGCAGGAGACGGCACCAGCGCUGCCGAGGCCGCUAAGACACCGACGGCCUUGCGACGACGCAAGCGCACCUGCUCACGCCGCCAAGGGGACCGCGAGCGGGACGGAGGGGCCGCCAACGAGCGCGGAGACAGGAGUAUCGGGGAGGAGCGAGAGCGCAGGGACGCCGGUGCUCAGUACAUGAAGCUGGGAGAGCGUGCACGUGGUGCAGCGCAGAACAGCGUCUCUACUAUCCUACUCAUCGUCAGUUUCAUGAUCUGUAUCAGUCUGGUGGUGCUGGUGGCGCUCAACAUGCUGCUAUUCUACAAACUGUAUUCUCUGGAGCGGGCCGCACACACACUGGAGACGUGGCACUCGUUUUCAGUGGCAGACAGUCCUCUUCCACAGACAGCAGGGGAGUGGGCUCAGGUGUUACAGCUGCAGAGACAGUUUCACCAGGCGCAACUUAGCAAGUGGCAGCAGAUUUUGCAGUCGUCCGUGGCUCUUCUAGACCAGAUGAAGCAAUCGCUUGAGAAACUCCACCAAGGCAUCACCGUCCCGGAUGUCCACCAGGACCAGUCAGCCGAGACGGACACCUGAGCCCAAUCUGUACGGUACCGUCCACCCCUUCACGCCCACUCGGACGGCCCGCUAUAA